GUGGUGGACGCAAGCAAAUGCACCUCUGCUGUGUCUACUGCAAAGACUGUAUAUGUUGUAUGUACUAUAUAUUUACACGGUAUCCUACUUGUAAUUUCAUUUUUUGGCCAAAACUGUCACCCUAUAAUGUGUUUUCCAGUAAAAUAUAUUGUUUAAAGUAACAUUAAUCACUAACGGCUUUUACACAAGUAGUUAAAAGACAUUUAAGAACAUUUGCAAGUGGCGCGAGGAAGGAUAGCGGUUUUCCCUCGCACCCUUACAUAUUCCAAGCAACAGCUUCAACUAAGUUACAGCCGUUGAAAAUGAAUUGGGUUGGGGGUUCAAGGAACCGGUUAGUGAUGAAAAACGACAGUAAAAAACAGAAGGAGUUCUUUGAAAAGAGAAAAAUGCAACAGAAAUUGAAAACCAUGGGAAUAGCUCUGCCAGCAUCCCCUGGAGACACUAGUUCUGGUAGUAUGGACCUGGUGACUUUGUUUAUUGUCAACCAGAUUGCUGCUAAGAAAGAAAAGAAAGAUCCUCCUAAGGUAGCAGUUUUUGGCAGUAGUAAAAUAGGAUCCAGUAAGCAAAAUAAGCCUCUGGUACUCCCAAUGAGCCCCUGUUCUCCAUCACAGUUGAGUCUUGUUGACAGCCAGCCUCAGUACAGUGUCCACGGAACGAGAAAGAGAACGCAGGUUAUUCCACCAGGGUUCAAGUGUCGACAGUUGUCACCAGUGCUGGAGUCAGCUUUCUCCGACAACAGUGCGUCUGACUACCUGCCGCCCAUAGCUGACCCCCUCACCCCCUUCUCCUCGACUUCAUCAGCCCCCUCAGGCCAAGAUUUUAUGCAAUCAGUCAAUUUAGGCCAAACCAAACUGGUCACCUCAGGAAUAUUCCCCCUGAAGCUGAGAGGCCAGACACAGCUGCCUCCUCACUGCUCCGCGCCACCCUGGGCCACGUCAGGCCUGGAGCAGCUCAAGUUUCAGCCUUUCUCCCAGCCCAGAGUUAUGACAGACAAUAUGCUCUGGUCCUGUGGAUCAAACCCAACCCUCUACCAACUGGAGACACCCACAGCAGUCCUGUUUGGAAGUCCAGAAGCAGAUGUUUCAGGGGCAAAAGACCGCACAAGACAUGAGGUCAACUUCUGUCUUAACCAACCAGAGGACAUGGAGCCCAUGUUGGACUUCACGCUUAACCAGUCAGAAACUGAGCAGCAGUUUGAGGAGGACGUCUUUAGGGGAUUCAGUAAUGAAGAAUAUGAAAGAGAGGCCUCUCCUUUUAUGAGUGCACAAUCAAAGAUAUAUCUCAAAGAUGGAACACCAGUCAAAUCUUCAGCACCACAAACUGUCCCUGACACACAGACCAUGGGAAUGGAGCUCUCCAACUGCAGUGACAUAAACUUUGCAUGUCCUGGACACAAUACUGGCCCCAUGAAUGGCUGUGGAUAUUUGCCAAAUUGCUCUUGUGGAGGAGGUUACCUCAGUUCAGACUCAAAUGAUGAUGAAGAAUACUGCCAGCCACAUCUCCAGGCUUCUCCUUCUUCAUAUAUGGAACAAGUCUGUUAUACAGAUACCCCCAACCAGGGCUCACAGGGAGAAUUGCAACAGAGAAACUGUCAGCCCAGGCCUCUCACCUCACUUAUAAAAAACAAAUUGAGCUUCACAGUUGAUCAGGAAGUUAUGGAGAGUGUGGUUUGCCCAGAUAUAGCCUUAGGAAGUAAUGGCCAACAGAUAGGAAGCAGCACAGCUCAGUUUGCAUCUCCUCACCCUCAGGCUGAAACUCAGAGCCCAGAGCUUUUCAAAUGCAAAAAAACAUCCAGCGAAACUCGACAUGCAGGAACUCAAACUGCCGACAUCCCCACAGCCGAGACACGCGACGCCUCGACUCAGUGCAGCUUUAUUGCAGACAGUGCGUCUAAAACCCCCGAGUUCAACUUGUACCUGCCACCUGUUGCCAUGUCAGUACAACAUCCAGCCACAGGGAGGCAGACGGAUACUGCUGCACAGUCAAACACACACACAGCCUCAUCAGGCAACACAAGGAGUGGAGGGAAGCAAACGCCCUGGAGCAACAAGAAAUCCAAGGCUGGUUCUAUAUCAGGCAGCAGCAUUAUAAGCAAAUUCGCUGCUAACGACAGCGAUAGCAAAGUAUUCCUACAGGGACCCAUAAACCCCUUUCUGGAUGCUCUGAGCAUAGGUGAUGGCAGAGGUAAGGAGAAUGAAGAGGAGAGAGUCGAGAGAGGGCAACAAGAAAAUGGUCCUCUGAUGAAAGACCUCUCAGAUGAUGCAAGGGAGGAGGCCACGUCUGCCACCGGAGUUCACAGCCCCUCAGACAAGGCCGAAACACUUCAGGAAAUAGCCGACAUUUUGCUCCUGCUCAGGCAAAGGAAGGAGGAGGGAUGAUACGGAUGGGUCUAAGGAAGGUAGAUGGAUGGAGGCAGCAGGAAAUAAAAAAAACAUGCCUGUUCUGUGCAUGUGAUUUUAAUUCAAAGCAUUAUUUUAAAAAGUUUUCAUAGCGUUUGUUCUUAAAGCUAUGACACACACAGUGAAAUAAAGCCCCAAAGCCUUA